GAUGUGUCGAAACCCGAGCUCUGGGGCGUGGUCUUGGACGGACCGUCGGGCGGAAUGCCCCAGGGGACGAUGCCGAAGCUCAAGAUCGGCAUCCAGUUUUUCUCAAAGACAGCCGCAGUCCUUUUCCCGGAGUAUGCAAAGACGGAGGCUUACAUCGAGAAGUUCACCAGGACCAUGAUGACCUUCGUGGCUUACACCAAGGAGAUCGACUACUGGAA